GGAAGAUAAGAUCAGUUAGAGUCUGCUCCUUUUUUUUGCGCCCCUUUUUUUGCUUCUGACGUCACAGUCGCAGGCGUUUAAAACUAACCCGCAGCAAGCUUGACCGUCCAGCGGUCCACUAGCGCGUGCAUGCUGGUGCAGAGCUGCACCGCUCUCCACUCAUUUCUGCAUACAGGGGAUCAUCUGCGAUGUCCUACCCACAGCUCGGAUAUCCCUACUCCUCUGCUCCACAGUUCCUCAUGCCCACCAACUCUCUGACGUCGUGUUGCGAGUCGCGUGCGCGCUCUGAGGCAGGCUCGUGCGCACCUGCCCCGCCGCCCCCUCCUCCCCCGCCCCAGGCUCCGGUUUACUGCCCCGUGUACGAGAGCAGGCUACUGGCCACCGCGCGCCACGAGCUCGGCGUCUACAGCAACCCGUAUGCCAGCGGUCAGGGCUACGGAAAUUACGUCACAUAUGGCACCGAGGCCUCGGCGUUUUACUCUCUGGGUGCAUUCGAUGCAAAAGACAGCGCAGCAUCUGCGAGCAUAAGCCAGGCUGCAGCUGCUGCUUACUACCCCUAUGAUCCCACUCUGGGGCAGUACCAGUAUGACAGAUAUGGCUCGAUGGAUGGAAGCACAAGGAGAAAGAAUGCCACACGUGAGACCACUAGCACUUUGAAGGCCUGGCUACAGGAGCACCGCAAGAACCCAUACCCCACCAAGGGUGAGAAGAUCAUGCUGGCCAUUAUAACCAAGAUGACGCUCACACAGGUGUCUACGUGGUUUGCCAAUGCCAGACGAAGACUCAAGAAGGAGAACAAGAUGACAUGGGCACCGAGGAACAAGGGCUCUGAUGAGAAAAGAUGCGUUGAUGAUGAUGAAGGCUCACAGGAGGAGCAGAUCAAAAGCGACACCAACGAUGACGAGAGUCGAAGUCGAGACGAUAAGGAUCUUCAGCUGAGCGACCUAGAUGAUUUUGACACCAUCGAGUCCGAGAGCUCAGAAUGCGACAUGAAGCAUCAGUUCCAUGUAAACACACACCUGAAUGUGCUACCUGAACACCUCAAAGAGACUUCCCUAAAGUUAACCACUUUAGAAGCGGAUGCUUUAAAGUUACAGUCGAUUAGAACCUCGCUGGAAAGAGACACUGAUUUGCCCAAAAGCUGCCUGAAAACUCCAAUUCGAGACUGCGAGUACAAUCCCAAUGGGAAUACCAAAAUCUGUUUCCAGCAAGACCACCAAACUCUUGAUAGCAAGCCAAGGAUUUGGUCAUUGGCCCAAACCGCCACCUCGUUAAACCCCACUGAGUAUUCCUCAUGCAUGCUUCGAUGUCAGCCAGCUAUCCCUGGGUCAUCUUCACCACCUGGGAAAGUUCAGGAGAAGCAACAGGACUCACCGGUCACCACAUUGAGACACUGGAUGGAUGGUGUUUUCCAUGAUCCCUUGUUCAAACACAACAAUUUGGACCAAGCAAACAACAAUAGCACGCCUGUUUCUUGGAGCACAACCAAAAGCUCAGUCCUGGACACCGGAGUACAACGAGAUUAAACCACUCGUGAAAAAAAAAAAAAAAGCUGUGAACAAAUAUCCACACCAUUUAUAUAGAAAUAUUGGUGGAAUAAGCUGCAAGGACAAUUUCAUCAUACUGAUCAGAUAAAAGACUUUAGACAUUUUUAAAGCUUUUAUUUGGUCUGUUGUGUCAGACAGGUUUUUUUUUUUUCCCCAAUCAGCUUUUUUCAAUUUGCUUGAUUGAUUAUGUGGACUUGUACGUACUCACUGUUAUUCAAGUCAAAUUUCCCAAGAUGGAAUUUGUUUGCAUAUAUUUAUUAUAUUAUAUAUUAGGCAUGUGCCAAGAUAAAAAAACAUUGCAUCAUGAUUGCUGUUUAAUGGUUUGUGAUAUUAUGAUUAGAUGCUAUCAAAUGAAACAAGAUACAUACCCUUGUUUCAAAUCAUUUCUACUUUUUCUUAGUAAAUGUUUGUAUUUUUUAACUGAUAAAAGCAAAAGUAACAAAUCAAACAAAAACGAAAUACACAUCAUAAUUUUUUUUAAGUACAUGAAUAUGAUACCUUUACAUGGGUUUAUAAAUAAAAUUAUGGAUUAUUGGCACAUGUCUUAUAUAUACAUAAACACAUAUAUAAACAGAUCUGUUUUGGGAAGUAAUAUUUAUAUAUACAUAUGUCUUUAACGCACGUUGCAAUUUUGUAAAUAUACAACAGAAAGUUUACAUUUCAGGAGAAAAUAGACGUUUACAGUUUGCGUUUUGUUUUGUUGGUUUUUUCUUCUCCAGCAUGCAUAUGUUUGGUCGUCUUUAUUAAAACAUUCUUUAAAAAUUUCAUUAAUGAUGUCACUGUUGGAAAAGAAAAGUAAAAAAAAUUUGCACAAAAAACAACACAAGAUUAUUUUUACGUUUGUUGGUGAUUGUUCGAAUCUGAAUCUGUUCACUGUAAUAAAUAGUUAAUUUCAGGA